AUGGGGGAGGGAGUCCAAUCAGCUCUCCAAACGCUCCAAAAGGGAGGCCCCAAGUAUCCUUUGGGAAGAAACAAUAAUACUCAGAGCGUUCUGCUAAAGCAACUCUUAGAUAACUAUGGACCAAUCACAGUCAGACCUGUGCGUGACGUCAGACGAUCUACGAAUGUGUCCUUCAGACUCCUUCCGGCUGAGCUCAUCAAGUUCGACGAAGAAAACCAACAAGUGAAGCUAUCGGCACACAUGCGAAUGAUAUGGACGGAUGAGAACAUGAUAUGGGAUCCUUUGGAUUUCGAUGGCGUCGAUUACGUGGCCGUUAAAAAGAACGAUGUCUGGCUUCCCGACAUCUGCCUCUAUGAAAGUGUCGUCAAGGAUUCCUUCAGCUACGCAGAUACUUACAUCAUCGUGUCGAACGACGGGACCAUGGUCUGGUACGUCCUGGCCAUCGUAUUGGCUUCCUGCCCCAUCGAUAUUACCUACUUCCCCUACGAUGUGCAGACCUGUUACCUGAACUUUGGCCCUUGGUCACUGGGAACAGAUAAGGUCCUUUUUCAAAUUUCAACCGACGCCAAUGUGACCUUAUUUUUUAAAAAUGGAGUCUGGAUACUGGAAAAUGCAAUAUCCAGAAAUCAUAUCUUUGAAUCGUGUUGCUACAAUCUCUCUUGGUCCACAGUCCAGUUUAUCCUGCAAAUCCGCCGUCAAUCGAGUUUCUACACUCGUACUGUCGUUGUCCCAUGUAUUCUCCUGUCGGCGUUAAUGGUGCUCGUCUGUUGGCUUCAUCCAGCGUCUGGUGAGAAGGUGACCUUGGCGGUCAGUAACCUUCUGGCGUUGAUCCUCUUCCAGCAGCUCGUGGCCGAUAGACUGCCACCAAGCGGUGAGACAACGUCCAUCAUUGUGAUUUUCUUCACCGUGAUGAUUGGGUUGAGUUCUGUUGAGGUGGUGUGCUCCAUCAUUGUCCUGCGACUCUACCAUACCGGUGGAAGGCGGCCGAUACCCAACUGGUUGAGACGCACGAUGCUGCACCCGUUCAUCAUGCGUCUCUACACGAACGCAGAGUGUACCGCCAUGCUGCGAGCCGAGGAUAAGGAUAACGAACUCCUGACUAUGAAUUCAGUAAGUAAUCCGACUCCACAAAACCACACCAACAUUUCAACACAAAACCAAGAACACGGGAUGCACGAGGAAACGGAAAAUAAUGGUGUCGUGCAAACUAUGAGUCAGUCGCCUGAAUUCGACACUGUGAGCAUGCGCAAUGACCUGGAAUUGGUUAGCAGGACGUGGCAGGAAGUGGCCAUCGUCUGCGACAAGGUUUUAUUUAUCCUUCUGCUACUGGUCACUUUAGUCACUUGGUUGUAUGUACUUGUUAGCUUUCUGAUGCAGAAAUGAUAACGGUAGGAGAAGAUGAGGAUUGCCUCUACCACUUAGAAGUCAGGGAGGGCAAAUUUAUAUUUCCGCCUCUGCUGCUGGUCACUUUUUAUGUGGCUCGGAUGUAAAUGUACUAUAUUAUAGCUUUGUUUUAUUUGUGAUUUAAUCACAUCUUCAAUACAUUCCUUCGAACAGGUUGCAUUCCAAAAAAUUGGAAAAGGGCACGAGUUACUCCUCUGUUUAAAAACAAGAAAUUACAAACCCAUAGACUUCUAUUAGUUCUCUCGCAAAUAAUAAAAAUACUAUAAAAAGCUUUACACUCUCAACUUUACAAUUAUUUUGCGGACAAUGUUCUAGAUCUAUUGAGUCCCCGGCAAUCUGGCUUUCGUAUACUACAUUCAACAAGUAGUGUUUUAAUUGAUGUUAAUGAAUAUAUUGUACGUAAGAUCGAAGACAGUUUAGUGACUGGAGUAGUUUUCAUAGAUUUAAAAAGCGCCUUUGAUUCGGUAUCGCAUAACUUACUUCUAUCUAAAUUAUCGAGUUACGGCGUUAACGAAACAGAAGCAAUUUGGUAAUAUCAAAUUAUUUACGCUGCCGUGUACAAUGUGUUGAAUUAAUAUUUAUCAGAUUUCAGACCUAUAUCAAAAGGUGUACACGGGGGAGUAUGCUUUGGCCAAUGUUAUUUUCGACAUUUUCGAGUGAUGGAUGUAAUAACAAAUUUGGUAAUCAGUUCAAAUUAUGUGUUUAUACAGACGAUACUGCUAUAUUUUGUCGGGAUAAAGCGGUU